GUGAGGCGAACUUGCGAAACUCAAACAUCACCUGCCAUCCGUAGAGUGGGGGGAGGAUCUCGACGAGUUAUAGCGCAAAAUAUCGGUCCAGAGACGGGAAUAAUCAUGACGAGGACAGCUAGUCGUUCAUCUAACGGUACCAUGAAUGGCAUGCAACAGUCCUUUGAUAAAGUAGCUCAUGGAUUGAAUGAAAUGUAUCAAAGUUCAUUGGGAAGAUUUCAGUGGAUGUCGUUAGACGAUCAAAGCGAUACCCUGUCGAUAGGCGAGCGUUGUGAUUAUCGUGACUACAAUAACAGGGAUUUCGGCAGAUCUCCACGUCAAUUUCCUCCUUUUCCGACUAUGGGUACGGCAUCGACGAUGUCAACUGCUCCUUCAGCGGAUUCUAUCCCUCCUCGAUCCUCUAGAUCUUCAAGUCCACCGACUCAAAAACGUCAACUCUUCUCAACAAAUACGGGUCCCAAGAAGUCCACAAACACUGGUGGAUGGGCUAAGGAAGCCCCUAAACAGCCAUUAUCUGCACCAGAGAACAAACAGUUGAAAAAGGAUUCACCUACAAUUUUUAAGCUUAUCCAGGGUUAUAUGGGAGAUCGAAAGAGCAAAACACCGAUUGAUCAGCAAGCGCUGACCCUUUGUGAGCUUGGUCUUUCAAAGCAGGAAUGCGCCGAUGAGGCAGUCGCUCAACUAAUGCAACAACUUACUGAUAAUGAGCGACCAGACAGCGUUAGGCGCGGUUGGGAGUUGUUAGCAAUAUUUUUGAACUUUGUCCUACCAUCAGAAAAGCAAUCAGCCUUGUUAACGGAGUUUAUUGAUAGAAAUUCCGAGAAGCUUUUUGAUAGACCUGAGGUCGCUGUGUCCCAUUUUGCUCAACAAUGUGCAAAACGGAUGUCAAAAUCGCAACCUCGAGUGAAACCGACUCUUGCAGCUGUUCAGGAAGCAAGGGUUCAUAUUUUCAACCCUCCACAGUUUUCUGCCUCACUUUCCGAGCUUAUGGAAAUGCAAGCUGAACGUUUUGCUGAUCGUCGGUUACCGUGGAUUGAAACCACGCUUAUUGAACUGCUCUACGGGUCAGGCGCAACUAGGACGGAGGGAUUGUUCAGAGUACCAGCUGAUCCCGAUCAGCUGAUGACCGCCAAGGCUCGAUUGGAU